AUUCAUUCGCAAAAUAUUAUUUAUGAAGAAAAUACAAGACACAAGAAAAUAUGUUGAAAAUGGAGACAGUUGUAUAGGAAACUUUAGAAAAUAGUUUACAAUAAUGAAGAUUCAAUUGUCGUACGAUUCACGAAAUACUUAAAUAGCGAAGAUAAAAGGGCUGUUUUAAUAAAAGAGGAAGAGGACAAAAAGUACAACUGGUCGCGAUAAUAUUGUUGAUAGUAUUGUGUAUCGUAGACAUGGGAUCAGUUAUCGAAGAUGGAAUUGGAAUAUAUCGAAAAAGAUGACACGUUUGGAAAAAGAAUAAAAACGCUUAAGUGUAUACACCGAUUACGCAAAGAGUUAUGAAAUAAUGAAAGUGAGAGCAUGUUUCGUCCCUUCCGUAUAACUUUCUCUCACGAGUCCGCGUGUAUGCCCACUUUCUUCCUGAAAAGCGCAGCGCAAACGCACGUUUCAAGAUAGUCGAAAACGGCAAUCGAGGUGAGAGUCGAAUUCCGCAUCUCGUUUAAUCACUUUCCCUUACCGAAACUGUUGCAAACGUAUUUCUAAAAGUUUUUUUACGAGAACGUAUCGAUACGAAACAUUAUAUUCCGCUUAAGAUACUAUAUAAUUGAUAUAAUAGUAUAUGCAGUCUAGAAUUUAUUUAUGCAAUACUCUGGUCUUUCGGGUUGAUUUUUUUUUUAUUCUCCGGUGAUCUUAGAUUUUGUGGCCCCGUUACUAGAAUAGGCAACUUACUACGCAAAUAAUAUCUCCGAAGGAGCUGGUUUCACAAGUUAAGGCAAUCAGCAUUGUUCUUAUAACGUAACUUGAUUCGCCCGUCUUUUCUUCUACAUCUUUUCUCUCGUAUACUUAUAUUCUUUUUUCAUCUUUACUUCCUUUCUUAUAUUUCUCAUUAUUCAUUAUUGUAACUACUUUUCUUCCUCGUGCCGUACGGUUUGCGGCCGUGAUUUUCAAAAUAAAUAAACAAAUACAUUAGUGUUAAAAUAUCGAGUACCUUGAAAAGUAAACUUAUAACGGUAUUUAUUGUGUUCGCAGUAUGUUUUCCACGGUGGUGUUAUGUAUAAUACUACUCUUAUUGCUACUAUAUCUAGGAUCGCAGAAACCCAAAGGAUACCCUCCAGGUCCAAAAUGGUGGCCAAUUUUCGGUUGCGCCAUCGAACUGACUCGUCUUCGCAAGAAAACUGGUUACAUGUUCGAGACCUGUUUCACUUUAUGCAAGAAAUAUGGACCGGUGGUCGGUCUGAAAGUCGGCGUGGACCGUAUCGUGAUACUAAAUGAUUAUGAGAGCAUUCGAACAAUGUUCGCUAAUGAAGAUUGCGAUGGAAGACCGAUUGGUCUACUUUACGAUGUGCGAACUUCCGGUUGUAGGAGAGGAUUAAUUCUCGUGGAUGGAAAUUUGUGGAUCGAGCAAAGAAGAUUCGUGUUGAAACAUCUGCGUGACCUCGGCUUCGGUCGGCAAGACAUGGCUGUAAUAAUACAAGAAGAGUGCCGAUCGCUCGUUGAACACAUCAAAAAAUUAAUCAGCGACGAACAUAACAAUCGAAUUAACGAAUCUAAAAUGUAUUGCAAUAAUAACGAGUAUGACGAUAAACAGAUAUAUCGAUUAAUUAAAAAAGAUAAGCCGAACGAGACAGAAUUAAUGGAGAGGCAUAGAACGAGCGAAAAGCAACUAAAAGCCUCGGAUUUGUACGUAAAUGCUUACGAAUGCGUGGACAUCAAGAUGGCUCAAUCCCAUCCUGGAACGAUAAUUCCAAUGAACGACGUGUUUGGAAUUACAGUACUCAAUACUUUGUGGAGAAUGAUAGCUGGUAAAAGGUUUAAUAUCGAUGACGAGGAGCUAACUUAUUUCCAACGGAUUCUGACACAGGCUUUAACGAAAAUCGAUAUGUUAGGAGCACCGUUUGGUCAUUUUCCGCUAUUGAGAUUUAUCGCGCCAGAAAUGUCCGGUUACAAAUCGUUCGUGGAGGUUCAUCAACAACUUUGGGAGUACUUGAAGGAUGAACUGGAUAAUCAUAAGAACGACUUUGAACCAGACUCGCCGCGAGAUUUAAUGGACAUAUAUCUAGCUGUUUUGAACUCUAAAAAUUAUAACAACACGUUUUCAGAAUCUCAAUUGCUUGCCAUUUGUAUGGAUUUAUUUACAGCAGGUUCAGAAACUACGUCCAAAGGUCUUUGCUUUUGUUUUUUAUAUUUAGUGCUAUUCCCGAAAGUACAGAAAAAGGCACACGAAGAAAUAGAUAGAAUAAUUGGACGUAACAGACUUCCAACUCUAGAAGAUCGAACGAGAAUGACAUAUAUGAACGCUAUCGUCUUGGAAUCAAUGAGAUUCUUCGUAGGACGAACGUUAAAUGUCCCGCAUAGAGCCCAAAGAGAUACUACGAUAUUGGGUCAUACGAUACCAAAAAAUACGAUGCUUUUGGUAAAUUUCAAUAGAGUAUUAAUGGAUGAAUCAUGGGGUGAUCCCGAAAACUUUCGACCAGAAAGAUUUAUAGACGAAAGCGGUAAUAUUAUUACGCCGCCCACGUACUUGCCAUUUGGUUUCGGCAGACGUCGUUGUAUGGGGGAAAAUUUAGCUAGAAGCAAUACAUUUAUUAUAGCUACUACUCUGUUACAAGCAUUCACAUUUUCCACGGUACCUGGAGAAGAACCAUCGACAGAAGAUUUUGUCGAUGGAGUCACCAUUAGUCCUAAACCAUUCAGGGUAAUGGUUUCUUUAAGGACGUAAUUAAGUACGAAAGCGUUUAAAAUGAUUUCACUCAAAAGUAAUGGCAAUUUUUAAUCGACUCGAUCCUCGAUCGAAUCCUUAUACGGUUUAAUUGAUAUCAGAAAAUUAUUAUGAAAAUAAUAUCUUUGUUGAUGUAAACUUAUAACGCAGUAUAUGUAGCAAAUAGCGUACAGUAAUUACAAUAGUCCUAAGUAAGCGUAUAUUUUAAUGUUUAAAAAAUA